CGGCGUUGGCGCCGGCGGCGUCUCCGCGGAGCUUCGCUCGCUUCAGGUCUCGGCCGGCGGCGGUGACGGUGACGGUGACGGCGGCGGCGGCGCGCACAAAGGCGGAUUGUGGCUUCCCUGGUGCUCGCGGCGGGCGGCGUCCGGGCGGAGGCGGCGGGGCGCGCCGGGAGCCCCCGCGGGCGCGGCGCGGGCGAUGAGCCGGGGCCCGGCAUGGCCUCCGCGCGGCCGCCGGGCCGGGCUUGUGCGUCGGCGCCCGCGCCCACGGGGCUCCGGGCCGGGCCGUCCGCCCUCCCCGCCAGUGCCAGUGCCAAUGCCGCGCUCCCGAAGAACGCGGAGGCCGAGGAGCGUUCGCUGCAGCACAUGCUGCGCGCCAUCGCGGAGGAGCGCGGCCGCCUGAGCCUGCGGCGCGAGGUCUGCGGCCUCGGCUGCCUGAAGGAUGACCGCAUCGUCUUCUGGACCUGGAUGUUCUCCACCUACUUCAUGGAGAAGUGGGCGCCCCGGCAGGACGACAUGCUGUUCUACGUGCGCCGGAAGCUGGCCUACACAGGCAGCGAGGGCAGCGCGGACGCGAGGAAGCUGCCCGAUGCUGAGCCUGAGGUGGACGUGGAGGUGUACCGGCGUGACUCCAAGAAGCUGCCGGGCCUGGGGGACCCCGACAUCGACUGGGAGGAGAGUGUGUGCCUGAACCUCAUCCUGCAGAAGCUGGACUACAUGGUGACCUGCGCCGUGUGCACACGGGCUGAUGGGGGCGACAUCCACAUCCACAAGAAGAAGUCACAGCAAGUGUUCGCCUCUCCCAGCAAGCACCCCAUGGACAGCAAAGGGGAGGAGUCCAAGAUGAGUUACCCCAACAUCUUCUUCAUGAUUGACAGCUUCGAGGAGGUGUUCAGCGACAUGACUGUGGGGGAGGGCGAGAUGGUCUGCGUGGAGCUGGUGGCCAGCGAUAAAACCAACACCUUCCAGGGCGUCAUCUUCCAGGGCUCCAUCCGCUACGAGGCGCUCAAGAAGGUGUACGACAACCGCGUGAGCGUGGCCGCGCGCAUGGCCCAGAAGAUGUCAUUCGGCUUUUAUAAGUACAACAACAUGGAGUUCGUGCGCAUGAAGGGGCCCCAGGGCAAGGGCCACGCCGAGAUGGCCGUCAGCCGCGUGUCCACCGGUGACACGUCCCCCUGCGGCACGGAGGAGGACUCCAGCCCGGCCUCACCCAUGCAUGAGCGGGUGACCUCCUUCAGCACGCCCCCCACGCCCGAGCGGAACAACCGGCCCGCCUUCUUCUCCCCGUCCCUCAAGAGGAAGGUGCCCCGCAACCACAUCGUGGAGAUGAAGAAGUCGCACUCGGCCAACGACAGCGACGAGUUCUUCCGGGAGGACGCGGGGGCAGCCGAGCUGCACAACGCCACCAACCUGCGCUCCCGGUCCCUGUCUGGCACGGGGAGGUCCCUGGUCGGGUCCUGGCUGAAGCUGAGCAGAGCGGACGGGAAUUUCCUUCUCUAUGCACACCUGACCUACGUCACUUUGCCGCUGCAUCGGAUCUUAACAGACAUCCUGGAGGUACGGCAGAAGCCCAUCCUGAUGACCUAGCGUGGCAGAGCCACACGGAGCCCUGGCCCUGCGGCCCGGGGACUGCUGCCAAGUGCCUACCUGUCACCGCCACCGGGGUCUUCUGUGACAACCAGCGCCGGGGCUGCAGCCAGGCAGGGCCGCUGGACUCCGGGGCCAGGGCCGAUCCACAAACACCAGCCCAAACUGAAGUGCCUCGUCCUCCUCCUGCUGGCUCUGCUCCUGCCUGGCGCCCGCCCUCACCCCUGCCCGGCUCCAGAACACCCUCCGCACCCAGACAGGGCCAGGGGCGCCAGGAGGCCAUGGACAGCAAAGGACAGCCGGGCCCAGAGCGGGCCUGGCUACGGACCGCGUCCCGGUCAGACAGCAGGCGACACCACCCUGCCGGGCACUCCGGGCACUCCGUGAGUCAGACUGGCCCUGAACGUCAGUGCCACGCUCCCCUCCAGCCCUUCCUCACGGUGGGUUCCCUGGGGAGAUGGGGACAGUGACCUAUUCAUCGGCUUUGCCCUGGGCUGGGAAUACCUCGAGCCACGCCCAGUCCCAGAACCUUCUCCAGCUGAGCAGACAGCCCCCACCCUCCCAGAUUGGCCUUUGCUUCCAGCCAAAGAACACCGCCAACACACGCCUCCGCCCUGGCUGCAGGCUCCGGGCCGGCCAGCGGGAGGGACCUGCAGAACCUGGUCCUGAGGCCAGCUGGGAGGGCUCGGUAGCCAGCGUGUUGGAGGGGCCGGGCUUGGCAUCCUCCCUGGGGGCUCCGAGCAGGUGGCGUCCUGUAGGGCAGGGGGCGGGGGGCUGUGCAGUCUCCUGGCCCAGUUCCCUGUGGCCAGUGCGCCAGGCCUAUCGCAGGCCACCCUGCUGCGACCAGAGCUGCUUACGCACGUGCGGCUGCGGCCUGGUGUCUCCCCAGACCGGAGCCUUCCCUGCCUGCCUGGGAGCUGGCUGCAAGCUGUGUCUCUGUCACUGUUCUGAUUGGAGGUCUAUGACCCUCUGAUGGGCUCUGGGCCCUUGUGGAGACCUCAAGUCGGAGGAGAGGGCAGCUGUUUCCACUCUGGGCUCCGGGGACAGGACUUCUUUGGGGCUUUCUCCAGAUUUUGUAUAUUGUUAUUAAAAGCAAGCUAUUGCAUUUCA